AUUUGUUAUUGCACACUCACAAACGCACACAUUUUUAAAACCGAUAACAAAAAACGACCGUCGUCUCUAGUGUUCUUCCCUAGCUCUUUGUACCGGCGGUGACACUCGUCAUCGGGCUCGGUGGUUUGCUUCCUCCAGUUUCGGCGUGAUCGCACAAACCUUCGAAUGAGCAUCCUUAGUUGGAAUUGCAGGAGCUUCGAAAAUCCAGCCACCAUACAAUGUUUUUGCAAACAUGACGCAGACGCGUAGACCAUCUAUUUGUCUUCCUGAUGGAAACCAAGUUGCGUUGUUAAAGGGCGAAACAAAUUAUCUAGGCUCUCGGCUUCCAUACCGGCCAUGGUGUUGACGGUGAUGGCAUGAGCGGAGGCUUGUUUUUGGGCGCGCUGGUGAGACGAGGUUGAAGUGGAGUUUAUUAAGGGUGAAGCGAAUUUCAUUGACUGUUUUGUUCGAAUGAAACCAAAUGAUCAGCCAUGACGGCUAACCGGAUUCUAUGGAUUCUCGGAGACUCGACGAAGACGAGAAGCUUGGAUUUUCCUCAGGGACCUGGCAGCGCAUAACAGUGGUCAAUGGAUGAUGUUUGGUGUUUUCAAUGACAUCCUUUACGAAACAGAGAAGAAAUGGCGUAUCCCCCACCCUUCAUGGAGGCUACAUAGUUUUCGAGAGGCGGUCCAUAGUAGUGGUUUGAGAGACUUUCGUUUUUCGGGGUACCAAUGGACGUGGGAAAGAGGAAAAUGUACCAGUUUUGGGUGGAAGAAAAAUUAGACAGAAUCAUGAAUGAUGAUUGGUGGAACACAUUCAUGGAGGCUCAGGCAGCUUUAGUUGAAGCCCCGACGAGUGAUCAUUAUGCUCUUUGGAUGAAGGUUAUAGCUACUAAUAAUUCUAGUAGAAGAAAAAGGUUCAAAUUUGAAAACAAUUGGGUGAAAGAGGAGGAUUGUCGUAUGGUGGUAACAAACAAUUGGGGAGCAACCGCACACUUAUGGGAACGAGCUCCUCCGAUGGGAUACAAAUGCAAUAGACAAAAAUCCGUUGCUAUACACGUCGUUGCAAUUAUUUACAACGCUGAUUCAAUCCGUUGCAAUUAUAUGAAACGAUAAAAGCAUCACAUGUAUUUCCAUUGCAUUUGUUUGCAACAAUCUUAUUUUGUUGCAUUUUCCAUAGCUAAUAUUGCAAUGACUUUUUCCAUUGCAUAAUAAUGCAAUGAAAAGUUUAGUUGCAAUUUCAAUUGCAUUGUUCGCAACAAAUCGUAUACCUUAUUGCAAGUUACGUUGCAAAGUUGCAAUGGGUUUAACUGUAGUUAAGGUUAUUUUGCAUUGAAAUUUCCGUUGCAAAUGUGCAAUGAAAUGAACUUUUGUUGCAUUAUUAAUGGCCGAAUUGCAAUAAAUGCUCAUUGCAAGUUUCUAUUGCACAUAUUUUGUAAAAGCAAUCACAACCUACAUUCUUCGCAGCCUAUAUAAAUUAAUAUUCUUAAACCAUACAACAGUACAACUAGGUCAUAACAACGAUGAAUAUCAUUAGUAUUGUCUCAAAUAAUACAAAAAUUCCUAAACUAUAAAGAAUAGAC